UGAGCCAUCUCUCCAGCCCCGCUUUUGGUCAGUGUUUUAUCACAGCAACAGAAAUGAAACAGACAAUCUGUAAGGACAGGUCCCAACAUCAACCAACAUAAAAGUUCCCUGGCAUUUGUGAACACUAUGUAAAACAGUGGAGACCAACACAUUUCAAGUGCCUGUGCAUCAUUCACCGAGAGUCUUCAUAAGUAGGAAUGUGUGGGUUUUGUUUUGUUUUACCACAAUGAAGGUAAAAGAGAAAUCAAGAGAUUUGGAAAAUUCCAAAGACUUGGAAGUUAAGCAACAGACUUCUAAAUAAGUUAUGAUCAAAGAUGAAAGCCGGAACAACAUGGAGGGACUGACAUUACUCAUACAGGUUAUUUCUAGGCUAUGAGUUGGGAAGGUGAGCUUUGCCUGUGUGGCCAAUAGUUCUUGCAUUUAUAGUCUCAUCUCUUCCCCUCAGUCCUUUGCUUUAGAUCCACUUGAUUAGUCAUCUGAUCACUGAUUAGUCAUGUUAUCGGGAGUGCCAGUUCCUAAGAAAACUAGUGUCUACUUGAUUGGCUUUAACUUCAUCUUUAUGCAUAGCAUAAUGUUUCUACUAUUUUUAAAAUUGAUAUGAUUUAUAAAUUGAUCUUGAUUUUGUCAAAUAAAAAUAUCUUCCAAAAAUAAAAAAGAUCCAGGGGUGUUAGGGAGAUGGUUCAGGGCUUAAAAGCACUAGUCACACAAGACCUGAACAAUCUUAAGUUUGAUCCCUGGAACCAUGUAAAAAGCCAGAUGCUGUGGUGUAAAUCUGCAGAGGCAGGAGAAUCAGCCUGAAAUUUGGACAACUAGCUUGGAGUACACAGCACAUCAGCAGAAAUGGGUUACCUAAUCUCAACAAGGGGAAAGCAAGAACCAACUCUGAAAAUUAUCCUCUGACCUCCAUAGGCAGGCACGCACACACACACACACACACACACCAAGAGGAGAGAGAGAGAGAGAGAGAGAGAGAGGAGAGAGAUAUGAAUGUGUAUGUUGGGGCUAUGUACUGUAUUGUUCCAAUUCUGUGGCAGUCUAGAAAAGACAAAUUGGAGACAGUAGAGUUAUCCCUGGUUGCCAGGCAUUGGGAACAGUGAGGAAUGAGGCAGAGUGCAGAGGUUUCUCAAGGCCAAACUAAGCUGUUCUAUAGGAACUGCAAUAGACAUGUCACCAUUGUACAUUUGUUCAAACCCAUAGAACACACAGCUCCAAGAGGGGACCUGCAUGCACAAUGUGGACUGGGUGUUAGGGACAUGUCACUGUAGGACUAUUGGUUGCAGCAAAUGGAUUGUCAGGUUCAGGGUACUGAUGGUAGGGGGACAUGUAUGUCGGAGUAUGGGAUGUGCAGGUAGUCUCUGUACCUUUCUCUCAACAUUGCUAUGAACCUGCAACUGUUCUUUAAAAAUAAAGCCUUUAAAAUGACAAGUGCACAGGAGAAAAAAAAAGAUAUUUCAAGCUGAAUGAAAAACAUGACAUCAAAAUUUGUAGGAUGUCCAGGCAUGGUGGCACAAGCCUUUAAUCCCAGCACUCAGGAGGCAGAGACAGAUGAAUAUCUGUGAGAUUAAGGUCAGCCUGGUCUACAUGGUCAGCUGGGACUACAGGAAGACCCUAUCUCAAAAAGACCAAAAAAAAAAAAAAUUGUAGGAUGUAGCUAAAGCAUGCAGUAAAUAAGGAUUUAAAAUUGAUCUAUUUUAGGAAGCUUUAAGUGGGGAAAAAGUAAUAAAAUAAGAGCAAAAAGUCAAAUUCAGUAAAAAAGUGAACAAAUCCAAAAGUUGGGGUUUUGAAAAGAUUAACAAGCUUCUAAUCUGAUCAUAUGAAAGGGAAAAAAAAAAAAAAAAAGAACUUGUAUCUAAAAUAGUAAAAAGCAUACUGCAGAUCCCAAAGGCAGGAAGCUAUUUCCCCACCUUGCUUUCCCAGGCUCAUGCUCAACCCUGCCCUCCACACUGCUUCCCUUCUCUGGGUCCACAUCUCUCAGUUCCCCUGCUUGCUGUGUCCUGGUUGAAACACUGCCCUACUCCGGCCUCACCUCAUACUGCUCUUCUCCUCAUUGCUUUUCUAUUUUCCUACCUUGUCUGGUUCUACCUAUGGGAAAGAUGAGACCAUCUGGGUACCUUAAAUUAGUCUACUUGGGACUGAAUCCCACAGUUCCAUGAGUAAUUGUCAAGGGUCUUGAAAGACAUUGUAAUGCCUUAAACCUUUUCAUGAGGGGAAUGUGAUCAGUAGACCUCUACUUCCAGCCCUGUCAGGGCUUAGCCCUAGAGCCUGAGACUGUGGGGCUAUCGUGGGGUUGUCCUGGGCUGGUCACCUUUGUCUUCAUGGCCCCUUCCUCAAGCAUAGGUCCCAGGGGUGAGCCUCAAAACACAUACAUACCAUAUGCCAUGCAUGUUCUGGAAUCCCUACUAGCCUAUGUGCCUGUGGAGUCAGGAAAUGGCAUUAGGUUCAUCUCUCAUAGGCACGUGCCAUGGGAAGGACGCUGCACAUGCCACUCAGAUGAUGGCCAAGCCUCCACUGUGGUCUGCGGACUUCACGUAGUGUGGACAGCCUGAGCCUCCCAUACUCUGUUCUGCUGGCUGCCCCUGUAAGGUGUUAGCAAGGUCUGGCCUUGGGGUCCUGUCCUCCCUGCCUAGGGUGCUUCCUGGGAGCUCAACCUCUAAUCUUAGAAUCUCAUACUUCCUCUCUGUGCCCUUGGCACUCUCAGUCCCUGUCUGUGUUUUGAGAUACUUGCCUGCAUAUUCUGUAUGUAUCUGGUAUCUCUGCAUAUCACCAGGCCCGGGCUGGGCUGGAGUUGGCUGUGAGGUAUCAGAAGUGCAGAGGAAGAAGGAUGUUGACUCCAUGGUUCUGCCUCUUUAAAGGUGGCGACAUCACAAGGCUGUGGAAGGCCAGGCAUUGUGAAACUCCAUUGUCUUGGACUGUUUCUGUGGGGUCUGCAGGCUCUGUGUUUCCAUCUUCAUGGGGUUGCAGGCCCAUACCUGAGCACCUUAGGACACCAUGGCAGAGGGCAGUGAGCUGAUGAACAGGCUCAUGAGUGAGAAUGCAGACUUGAAGAAGCAGGUGCGCCUUCUGAAGGAGAACCAGAUGCUGAAGCGGCUGCUCAGUGAAAGUUGCCGGGAGAGCUGUGGCCUUGGGGGCCGGGACCUGCUCUUUCCCAAGGCCCCCACCUACCCUGAGGCCUGCUCCCCUGGGAGUGGAGGUCCAGACUUUGGAAGAUUUACCAGUGUUCCUGAGACAUCCUCCCUAGAGGACUUGCUGUGGUCACAUGCUCCACUCUCCAGUGAAGAUGAGGCCUCUCCAGGCUGUGGAACUACCUCUCAAGUGACUUUCAAGGCCCUCCUCAGUCCUCCAGAACUGCAUGCUCGAGUUGCUGACAGGAAGCUGUCCCCACUCCUGAGUACCUUGCAGGAUCCACUGGCUGACAAAACCCUGCUUAAGCCCAGGGAAAUUGUGCGGCCUAAGAAGGUGUGCUUCUCAGAGAGCAGACUGCCCACUGGGGACAGGACCAGGAGGAGCUAUUACCUCAAAGAGAUCCAGAGCUUUGCGGGAACUGAGAAGGACGGCCGCAUUGUUGGGGAGAUCGCCUUCCAGCUGGACCGGCGCAUCUUGGCCUAUGUGUUCCCAGGUGUGACGCGGCUCUAUGGCUUCACAGUGUCCAACAUUCCUGAGAAGAUCAAGCAGAUCUCUAUCAAGUCCCUGGAUGGCUCUGUGGAUGAGAAGAAGCUGCGCGAGCUGACACAUCGCUACGUGACACUGACUACACGGCUGGAGAAGUUGGGCUACAGCCGGGAGGUGCACCCAGUAUUCAGUGAGUUCCUCAUCAACACCUAUGGCAUCCUGAAGCAGCGGCCCGACCUGCGGUCUAACCCGUUGCACAGCAGCCCAGCAGCACUGCGCAAGCUGGUCAUUGACAUCGUGCCACCCAAGUUCCUGGGUGAUUCCCUGCUGCUGCUAAACUGCCUGUGCGAGCUUUCCAAGGAGGACAGCAAGCCGCUCUUCGCCUGGUGAGCCACUGGCCUCGCAUCUUCCUGCAAUAAACAUGUUUGUUCCAAACGGGCCACCCGCGUACUCCAGCAUGGGAAGCCAUCUGCCCAACUGCCUGGGGAGAGGUCUCCGUGCAUGCGCUUAUCCUGGGCACCAGCAGCCUGGGUCGCGCAUAGUCGCGGGGCACUUGUUACCUUAUUAAAAACUUAUUUGUUUGCCUUA